CCUUGUGCUUUGCGUCUGGAGUCCAUCUUCGACGAAAUUAAUAAGUACUUGGCAGACCAUAUGACCUUGCGCAAUCCAUUCCCUAGGUCUAUUGUGUCCAAUUUUGUGUAAACUUUAUUGUUUGUUGCAGCUCUCGCGGAACUCAUCAUCGUCACCCAAAGUGGCAACGCGUCCGAGGAGCCGAAAAUUACUGGGUUGUUGUGCAAAUCGUCAAAGGAGACGCUCCGACCACGUUCGCCGCAUUUUGGAUCUCUCCCUCUCCUUCAGACACCUGGAUCUUUCCGUGCAGCUCGCUCGAGGCACGUUUCCUCUCGGCUUCAUUCCUACAUUUCGAUUUCAGACUGCAGUCACAAUGAGUGCUACAAAAGCGCAGUCUCAGAAGAUUUUUGAGAAGCUCAAGUUGAAGCCCGCAAACAAGAUAUGCUUCGACUGCGGCUCCAAGAACCCGACAUGGUCGUCAGUGCCUUUCGGUAUCUACUUGUGUCUUGACUGCUCAGCCCAUCACCGCAAUCUUGGUGUCCAUAUCUCCUUUGUUCGCUCCACGAACCUCGACCAAUGGCAAUGGGAACAGCUUCGGAUAAUGAAGGUUGGCGGAAAUGAAUCAGCCACCAAGUAUUUCCAAUCGCAUGGAGGAUCCGCGGCUUUAGCUAGCAAGGACGUCAAGGUCAAAUACACCUGCAACGCUGCUGUCAAGUACAAGGAGGAGUUGAAAAGACGGGCUGCGCAGGAUGCUCAACAAUACCCCGAUGAGGUUGUGAUCACAGACGUUCCCGCUGCCACUGCUUCGGACGGAUCGAGUACCCCUGCGGGUGACGCGGACGACGAUUUCUUUUCUUCAUGGGAUAAGCCUUCUAUCAAGCGACCCAGCAACCCACCUUCGCGCACAGCCUCGGACAAGGAGGCUACUUCGCCUGCUCCGACCGCUAUCCGAGCAAGCGCUUCUGUCCGAAAGGCUUCGUCUACAACUACCGCGAAGAAGGGCAGCGUUCUAGGCGCCAAGAAAGCGCCUAAGCUGGGUGCUAAGAAGAUUGGUGGAGCGGAAGCCAUCGAUUUCGAGGAGGCGGAACGAAAGGCCAAGGAGGAGGCAGAGCGCAUUGAGAAACUUGGAUACGACCCCGAAGCAGAACAAGCCGAGGCCGAUGCCAAAGCCAAGACUUCCACUGCUGCCACCGCUAUCGCUUCUCCUACUCCGAUCAGCCCAAGAGCAGGUGGCUUCGGGUCUACCAGCAAAUCUCAUGAACGAAGCGGCAGCGAAGUGGAGCGCCUCGGAAUGGGUAUCGGAAGACUGGGAUUCGGCCAGACUGUUGGCGGCGCAAAGCCUGCUGCUCCCAAGAAGCUGGGAUUCGGUUCUGUUGCUCCUGUCAGAAGCGCUGAAGAUGAGGAGGAACUUGAGCGCACUAGAUCCCGAUUCGGUAGCCAGAAGGGUAUCUCGUCGGACGAGUUCUUCGGACGGGAUCGCUUCGACCCUAAUGCGCAGGCCGAAGCUAAAGAGCGACUCCGCCAGUUUGACGGGGCAACCGCCAUCUCCAGCAACGCUUACUUUGGUCGUCCGGAAGAUGAUUUCGCGACUGGUGAUGACACUUACGGCGAUCUUGAGAGUGCAGCCAAGGAUUUCGUUCGCCGCUUCGGUAUCACGGCUGGUGAUGAUCUCGAAAACUUGACACAGCUUGUAGGUGAAGGUGCUGUCAAAUUGCAGGGAGCUAUCCGCAGCUAUCUCAACAGCUAGAUGCUGCAAAUUGAUUUGUCGAUGUUUUUCUUCUUGUCAGUACAAGCAAGCUGCGCACCAUGCUUGUUUCUACUUCAUUCCCAGCAAGCCUUUUGUUCAUUCAAAUAGUGUUCUUCCCCAUAGUAUCUACUCACUCAUCAAUAUAUCCUUCCUUAGACUGAAAAAUCAUCCAUUGUCC